UGAUCCAUGGCCGUCUCCAGUCCCCUUGCAAGCAGGGCAACCGGUUCAACCCUCUUCUUCACAAAUCUACUCCGUCUGAACCGUUCACCGCCGAUGGCCGUCUCCACUCGAUACCUCGUCGCUCGUUCUAUCCGCACCGGAGAUCCGCCCAACGGCCCCGACGAAGAAACGGUCAAACGAAGUCUUGAGUAUUUUGAGCUGUUGGAGAGCACAAAACACCCAUUCAUCAGAGAGGGACCACCAAGCCCCUUCUUCGGUUUGGUGCAGGGAGAUAAGGCCUAUACGAGAGUAGACAUGCCCGGCGUUGGAAAGGAGGGUCUCAAGUUCUGGCAGGAAAAAAACUACUUUGUAUUCCAAGGAGUAGAGAGCAUUGAUGAAGAUGAAGAUGAAGAUGAGGAGGAGGUGGAAAAGAGAGUGUAUUCCGAAAAGGUUUACUUUCCGGCGAAUGUGGUCAAAGAUAGUAUCAAUGUCGUCAUACAAAACGGUGUCCUCCGCAUUGUCUUCCGUUUUAAUCGUUGAUCCCUAUUAAUUCACUCGUCCAAAUGCUCAGUUCACCUCUUUUCUUGAUAUAUAUAUAAACACUAGAGUAUGAGGCUAUGAGCUGUGGGUUUGUUUUGUUUGGGCUUCUGUAUUACUUAGUAUAUAAUGAUGACUAUGACUAUUCAGAAUUAAUGGAAUACCAUGGAGUAUUAAUUAGUUUUUUCUGAUUCCAACUAAUACUGUAUUUAAUAGCCAGUGAGAUUUAUCUUUUCUUACAUUUUUUUUUUCUUUAUUAUCUUUGUGGGUUGUGAAGAUAGAAAUGCAUUGUUUGUUUAAUGACAAUUUUUUCUGUGGGAAAUUUGAAAAUGAACCAGUGUUUGCUUAGCGGACCUGGUUCCAAGGAGUAAAUAAAAUUUCUCGUUUACUAUGAGUACUUAUGGUUCUCAACAUCUUAUUUCCUUUUCUUCUACCCUUUUUAAUUACUUCAAAUUACACUUUCUUCAUAAUAAGAAAAGCUCUAUUUUUUUUUUUUUAAUUUUAUUAACUCAAUUUGUUUUUUUAUUUGAAAAUGAUUAAUUAACAGUAAAUAAUGGUCAAA